UCAUGCGGAGGAACCCCUUCGUGGUGGAGGGCUGCUGUCGGAAAGGAUCCCGCAACGCCCUGCAGGAACUCUACAACCCCACACAGCCGGAGUUGUCUGGAGCCGCCAUCCUGCACCAGACUCGGAGGGACCAGGUCGUUGAUUCCUGUCGAGCCUACAGCGCGUCCAGCCAUAAGCGAAGAGUCCUGACUCCCGCAGACCUCAAACACCUCGUGGUGGACGAGGACCACGAGCUCAUCUACUGCUACGUCCCCAAGGUGGCCUGUACCAACUGGAAACGCGUCAUGAUGGUGCUCACAGGACGAGGAAAAUACAGCGACCCGAUGGAAAUCCCGUCCAAAGAAGCCCACAUCCCUUCCAACCUGAAGACGCUGAACCAGUACAGUAUCUCCGAGAUUAACCACCGCCUCAAGAACUACCUCAAGUUCCUCUUCGUUCGUGAGCCCUUCGAGAGGCUGGUCUCCGCUUACCGCAACAAGUUCACCCUCAAGUACAACUCGUCCUUUCACAAGCGUUUCGGCACCCGUAUCAUCCGGCGCUACCGCAAGAACGCGACCCAGGAAGCCCUCGUCAACGGUGCCGAUGUGAAGUUCAAAGAGUUUGCCGAGUACCUGGUGGAUCCGGCGACUCAGCGCGACGGCCCUCUGAACGAGCACUGGCAGACCGUCUACCAGCUGUGCCACCCGUGCCACAUCCACUACGACAUGGUGGGGAAGUACGACACUCUGGAGGAAGAUGCUAACUACGUGCUAAGGCUUGUGGGUGUCGGCGAUUCCUUGCGUUUCCCGAGUUACGCCAAAUCCACUCGUACCACGGACGCCAUGACGGCACAGUUCUUCAGCAAUAUCAGCACUCAGCAGCAGAUCCAACUCUACCAGCUCUACAAGUUGGACUUCCUCAUGUACAACUACACCACACCCAGCUACCUGCGGAUGGACUAAUGGAGGACGGAGACUCUGAGAACUGACGCCUCGAUUAAGGGGAGGCAAGCGAAAAGAGUGGAGACAAACUUGAUUUUUUUGUAAAACUUGUCGUACCUUGCAGGGUCUGAAAUAGACGUACAUACAGGUGUUGAAAGAAAGAAAGAAAGAAAAUGCGUGCUAGUCUGGGCAUAACUUUGAGGAUUGUCCAGUCAACUGAUUCGAUGUGAGUGUGGGCAAAAUGGAACAAAUGCAUGCAAAGACUUUAAAUGUGUGGGUGAAGCAGGUCUUCAAGGUGUUUUUAAAAGGGGACUCUUACUCUCAGAGGACGGACCUAAAGAGGCACUCCUCAUGAUACAUGUUUAAACAAACUGCUGACUAAUUAGGCUGCUUCAGAUUCUACAAGGCAAAACAGUGGCCUCGCACGCGCCCUGACCCCAAUGCAUCGUGGGAGCCAAGCUUGUCUCCCCUCUGUCCCCCCGAUCAAUAGAGAAACUCCGUCAAAUUGUAAAACACAAUUCAUGUCCUUCGCUCCAAUGCCAGUCGCUCCUGCCCUCAUUAGAUUCAAACACUUCAGAGGGACACCGGCUCAAGGACGCCCUGUAAUAUAUGACUCCACCUCCAAGACCUUCUACAGCUGGAGCAUCACGGCCUUCAGACAACAAUCAGACCAUCACUGUAUCAUUAUGAAGUUGGUUGAAGCACCACCCCGAGAAAACUGAAAUGUACAGAGAGGAAGUGCUUAAUAAGUCAUUGCCUGUAACACCAAACAUCCUUAACACUCUGAGCUACAGGACAUGUUUAGAAAAGGUGCAGGAUGUUCUUACGUGACUUUGAGUGACUUUGAGUCUGCGCAGAGCUUGAAAAGAGUGUGGUAGUGAAAGGGUUAAAGAAGGCAUCUCAUCACCUGAUUAGCGGACACUCCCACAAAGCCCCUGCAAACACGUCUUUUAGUAAAUUAAGAAUAUCUUGUUGUCUUCUUGCUUAUUGCUAUUUUAUUGUAUUAUGAAGCAUUGCUGCGAGCAGCAAUAACAAUAUAUUAUUUAAUUCGCUUUUCUUAUUAAAGAGAGAAAGAUUGUAUUGCUUUUUUUCCCUGGACUGAUGAAAAUGUUAGGUCUUAAAAUGUCGUCUUCUUCUUCUCCUUCUCCUUCUCCUUCUUCUUCUUCCAAUACAUUAUUGGUACAUUGCAGCAUUUCCAUUUUUCAAAGGGUGUAUACGGUACAUUUCCAUGGCUUUGUCCUUCUGUGUCUGAAAUCAUCAGAUGUAUGACUUAUGUCCCAUUUCCUCUUGUCAAACAUUUGGUGCCAAAAUGCCUGCCAGAGCCUCAGAGAUCCACACUCAGUGUUCAGGACACAUCUUUGAAGUUGAGCAAAUUCGUAAGUUUAUCCUCCUUGACCACAACAUGAGACUCGCUGCUGUACGUUGUAAACAUAUCCAGAAUCUAAUGCCCCCAUCUCAGAAUCAGAGACUGUAUCUCAUAGUGUAAUGUGAUUAAUGAUAGCAAUGCAAAGCCUUGUCAAGGUCAAUAAGUGCACUCUCUAUCCCGCGCUGAAUUGGAUUAAAGGCUGUUGUGUAUUAUACAGCAGAGAGAUAGAGAGACAGUAUUUUAUUCAUACCUCGUUGUGAAUUAUAAACCACUCCAGCUUCAAGGUAAA